CUUAGUAGUGGGGUGGGUGUGGAUGCCAACAGCCAGAGAUGGAGCUCGGAGGUUUAGCUUAGCACAGAACAUCACAUUAACCUACAUGGAAUUGGCUUUUCAAGUGGUAACGGGAACAAUGAAAUGUGCAUUAACUGUGUGAUUGCUAAAAUUAAGUGACGUCACCCCUGUUUUGACCAGUUUCCACUCAUACCCAGUCACAGCUCUUUCUCUGGCUCUGGUUCAACUGUGAACGCUGUCUCCUUAUGAUGCUGUUUUAACUAUAAGAGCUGAUCGCAGGAAGGGGGAAAGGGGCUUAGGAUGGAUUGAUCUCCUCUAUGACAGCAGUGUUUUCUAUAAAUGGUGCAUGAGUGUCUCUGGGUGCUUUAGUCAGCAUUUAAAUAUAUUGGUUAUUAGUCAUAGUGAUUUUCCUACCUGACCUUCUGAUAGCUGUGGUUACGGCGACAAAAAUAUAGUUAAUGUCAGAAUGAUUAGAACCAAUAAUAUUUGUCAUGACGUUAUCUUUCUGCUUUGUUUCACUCCACAGUCAAUCACAUUUAAAUGAUGACAUGUCAUCAUUAACUAUUGUGUAAUUACAAAUCUGGGACAAGUUUGGCACAGAACGUUCGCAACAGUUUACGCAGGUGUGUCAAAAUAACAUGAACUGAACUUUUGUUAUAUUAAAAUUCAUAAGGAUUUUAAUUAAUUGCAUUAUUCUACUUUGCAUAUAGUUGUAGGAUUCGAUUAUGUAAGUUUCUUUGCAAAUUAGGCAUUUAGGCAAAAUUUGCAGUACAAACAAGAAUAAUUUUGGUGGUUCAGCCCAACUAAUGUUAAUUGUGGUUUCUUUAAAAACAACGCAUGGCUUUUAAUGAUUCCUGCGUUAACGAGGUGAUUCAACACUGUCAAACAUCUGCAAUCUUCCUGCUCAGCCCAGACAUUGAUUUUUGGUAGCAGUGGACAGUCCUGUCUCAAUUCUCAUUGUUGCAAUUAUUAUUAUUAUUAUUAUUAUUAUUAUUAUUAUUAUUAUUAUUAUUAUUAUUAUUAUUAUUAUUAUUAUUAUUAUUGUACAUAUACAGGUUUCCAGUUUCAGAAAGCAGAGGGUAUCACAGGCCACCACCAUACUCCCUUCUGGCACAUAGGCCUGAGAAGUUCUUUCUCCUUAUAGUGUAGGAUUGUUUUCAUAAAUCUUUCCGCUUAGACAUAUUUCUAGCAAUAAAUCAAACCGACACUCAGCAAACCCAUUUGCUUUACCUUAUCAAGCUCUUGAUUAAGUGCACAAGGUGUGGCUGGGACACCACCAGGUUUGCAGGAGGUUGAAUCAUUUUGAGACUGCAGUAGUGGAUAAAAGUUGACUUACUCCAAACAUUAGUCAUGUUGAACUAUUUAAAUUGUCUAUUAAUUGCGCUAUAACUCCUUAUUCCAAAUAAGGAGUUAUUUUGCCUGUAAAGUCAGUUCACAGAAACUGUAGUAAAUAUCCACCAGUCAAAUUUCCUGCUAUGCCAGAAUGACCUGCGGUUCAGUUUUCUAUUAGCUUCCAGUUUCUGUUUAGGAAAAAUGUGACUGUAGCCGGAAUAAUGUUGGCUUGUAAAUUGCAGGCACCCAGAGGCUCAGUCAUUCCUCUGCUAGAGAGCACUGCUCCACUGUGGGCGGAGCUUUCUGCUCUGCUGUUCAGGAGACUUUGCUCUGCCCUUCUUUCCACCUAGUGUGUGAGUGCAUCGCAUCACUUAUUACUACUGGCGUGCAGAAACAAUAGCCACAUGCUCAGUCGAGAAAGAAGGCGAUAUUGAUGGCGAUGGAGGAAGUUGAGGUGACCUGAAGCGACCCUUUCUCCAUCUAUUACAUGCGCAGUGAAGCUCUCUCCAUUAUGUUUUAGUACGUUACCCUACUGGCUUCUGGGUGGGAGCUUGGUUUCACAUUUCCAUUUCUCUGCAUUUUACUAUUUGAUGGCAGCGACAUCAUUUUUUUUUUUUUGCAAACACAUGGGGAAAUUGGAUCUUCAGUCCCAACAGUUCCUGCGUCGCUGAUCUAAUGUAGCGCCAGCGACGUCGCUUCCUCUAAAUUAUGCAUGGGCCCUCUUUUAUCAUAUGAAGUGUGUCUGCAUUACAUAACACUUGUCUUUUUGAUUUUGCGGUUUUGGCCUGGUUGGUUUAACCACAGCAGUGAUGCUCAGUAAUAGCAGUAAGUGUCACUGUGCAGUGUCCCCUGAUUAUUGCAGGCAGACUCUCUCGCUCGCUCGCUCGCUCUCUCUCUCUCUCUCUCUCACUCUCUGUGUCUCUUAGACUCUCGUCUCCCCUGAGCACAUGUUCUGCAGUCUAAGUGACCUUCAGAAUACAUUGAAUCUGUUCCCGCUCCCCUCGUUGCUCUACCCUGUUUUAAAACCCGCCCCUCUUUUCUUUGGACUUUUAUUAUACUUAUUGGGACCCUCCCUUUUUUAAUCCAUGGAAUUUUAAAGAGCAUAUUGGAGAGUCAGGCUUGUGAAUACUGCAGCCUCAGCUGGAUGCAGUGGAUCAGCUGCUGCCUCCAUCCCAAUCUGGUGUCUCCCCCCGCCUUUUUCUACUGUCUGCCCCUCCCCCUUGUUCUGUCGUCCUCUACCUCCCUCCCUCCCUCCCUCCCUUCCGCUCUCCUUCUGAGCACCUCUAGCUUCAGUAGCAGUAGUCUUGAGCAUCCUUGCUGCUGCUGCUGCUGCUAUAAAUAUCUGCUGAUAGCCAUAAGGCAGCAAAGAGCAGCAGGCAGGCCAGAGGGAGGACAGGACAGUGCAGGACAGACGUCUGAGGAAACGGGAUAAAAAGAUGGCACGCAGUCGAGCUCAAAAGAGAAGAGGGGGGGAGAAGACAAGAGUGGAGCUGCUUACUUAGUUCUACGGAACAAAAGAGUGUUUUUUUUUUUUUUUUUUUGGCCUUUGCUGAACCUGUAAGUCAAGUAUAAGCCUGAACGUAAAUACUGAAAUUGAGCUACACUGGGAUAAGUUAAGUGAACAUGGAGCUCAGCGGUGGAUGACUGCAACGGGACUUUCCUUCCUCAGCCUCGAAAAGCAAGGAUUUUCAUGCACCUGAGCCGACCUCAGCCCGAUCUAGGCUCGUGGGCCUUUAGAUUCACCCGGACAUGUGGGCCGGCACGGGCCGGGGCGGGGCUGAGAUGUCAUGCUCCUGUGUUGCUGGUGGUGCCUGAGGCCUGAGGCGGUGGACCUGGACAGCAGGAGGGUUGACCACUGCGUGCUGAACUGCGAGGCCACUGCCUCCACCACCAUCACAGCUCUCGCGCUGCCGUGGGAGCCGGAAACGCUCAGCGAUGGCUUGCAGCCCUCUCAGAGUGUGAAGAAUUCGAGCUAUAGUCUGUCAUCAUACCACCCGUACAACAACAGCUAUGACUACUCGGACCAGAGCAGGCAGAGUGAGCGCUCGGGUCUCUGUGGGCUCUCCAACCUGGGCAACACCUGCUUUAUGAACUCUGCUGUGCAGUGUUUGAGUAAUAUUCCUCCACUCACCGAUUACUUCCUCAAAGACAAGUACACGGACGAGCUGAACGAGGACAACCCGCUGGGAAUGAAAGGCGAGAUCGCCAAAGCCUACGCUGAGCUUAUAAAGCAGCUGUGGUCGGGCAAAUACAGCUACGUUACUCCAAGACCUUUCAAGACCCAGGUGGGCCGCUUUGCACCCCAGUUCUCUGGCUACCAGCAGCAGGACUCUCAUGAGCUGCUGGCCUUCCUCCUGGACGGGCUUCACGAGGACUUGAACCGCAUCAGGAAGAAGCCCUACAUCCAGCUGAAGGAUGCCAACGGAAGGCCCGAUAAAGUGGUGGCGGAGGAGGCGUGGGAGAACCACAUCAAGAGAAACGACUCCAUCAUAGUGGACAUUUUCCACGGCCUUUUCAAGUCCACCCUGGUGUGUCCGGUGUGCGCCAAGGUCUCUGUGACGUUCGACCCCUUCUGCUACUUGACCCUGCCCCUUCCCAUGAAGAAGGAGCGCACCCUGGAGGUCUUUCUAGUCAGACUAGACCCUCUGGCCAAACCCACACAGUACAAGCUAACGGUACCAAAGGUGGGCUACAUUUCUGACCUGUGCACCUCCCUCUCCAUCCUGUCUGGCGUGCCUGCUGAGAAGAUGAUCGUAACGGACAUCUACAAUCACCGGUUCCAUCGGAUCUUCGCCACUAAUGAGAAUCUCAGCAGUAUUAUGGAGAGAGAUGAUAUCUAUGUAUUCGAGGUGGCGGUGAACAGGGUGGAGGAUACGGACCACGUAGUGAUCCCAGUGCACCUGAGGGAGAAGUACAAGCAGUCGGGAUACAACCACACCAGCACGCCGCUGUUCGGGCAGCCCUUCCUCAUCGCUGUCCCCAGGACCCUCAGUGAGGACAAGCUCUACAACAUGCUGCUGCUGCGCCUCUGCCGGUUUGUGCGAUCGCCAGUAGAGGAGGAUGAGGAGGAUUGUGAGGAGACACAAUCAACCAAACAACACACUGUAAAUGGUAAUGCCACUAAUGGACUGCUGGAGGAGGGGUCGCCGAGCGAGAUGGAGACGGACGAGCAGGACGACGAGUCCAGUCAAGACCAAGAGUUACCCUCCGAGAAUGACAACAGCCAGUCGGAGGACUCCGUGGGAGGGGACAACGAGCUGGAGAACGGCGUGGUCGCGCCGCAGAACUCCACCAAAGGCCAGCAGACGACCGGGCACAGCAAAAAGAGACUUUUUACAUUCCAGUUCAAUAACAUGGGCAAAACGGAUUUCUUGCUCAUUAAGGAGGACACCAGGCAGAUUCGCUUUGAUGAGGGACACCUUAGACUCAGUGACCGCUCUUAUCUCUCUUUGGACUGGGAACCGGAGAUCAAGAAGAAGUACUUUGAUGAGACCGUCGUUGAGGACAUUGAUAAGCAUGAGAGCAUGGAGUACAAGCCUCAGAAGAAGGCAUUCUUCAAGCUGAAUGACUGCAUUGAACUGUUCACCACUAAGGAGAAGCUGGGAGCGGAGGAUCCAUGGUACUGUCCGAACUGUAAGCAGCACCAACAGGCCACCAAGAAGCUGGACCUGUGGUCUCUGCCUCCAGUGCUGGUGGUCCACCUCAAACGCUUCUCCUACAGCCGCUACAUGAGGGAUAAACUGGACUCCCUCGUUGACUUCCCGCUCAGAGAUUUGGAUAUGUCAGAGUUUCUGAUCAACCCCAACGCUGGGCCCUGUCGCUAUGACCUCAUUGCUGUAUCCAACCACUAUGGUGGAAUGGGUGGAGGCCACUAUACUGCCUACGCCAAGAACAAAGACGAUGGAAAGUGGUACAACUUUGAUGACAGCAGUGUGUCUCCUGCCAGCGAGGAUCAGAUAGUGUCUAAAGCAGGAUACGUGCUUUUCUACCAGCGGCAGGACACGGUCAAAGGCACAGGCUACUUCGCUCUUGACCGUGAGGAGGAAGAAGAGGAUGAGGAGGAGGAAGGAGAGGAGGAGGAGGAGGAGAACAGUAACAAGGAGAAAAAGACUGCCUCGUCUGCCGCUGGAGCCGCCGCCGCUCAGAGCGACGAGGAGGACCCCAACGAGAACCUGCGCCGGAAGAACGACAACGAGCAGGAAGACGAGGAGGAAGAGGACGAGGAAGAGGAGGAUGAGGAGGAGCAGGCGCCCAAUCAAGACGUCGCCAUGAAAACCAACUGAGGCGAUGAAGGAUAGGAAUAAAAUGGAGAGAAAGACUGGGAUCUUUCCAUCCAAAGCCAUAUGGACACAGCAUGGCAGCGGGCGUCACCCGUCCCCACCCGGCGGCUCAGACUCGGCCGCUCGACAGGCGGAGCCACUGCGGGGGUGUCGGCUGAUGGGUCAGGGAGCUACCGCGGUACUCAACUCUAGGAAAUCAGGGCCCUCCUCUGUGGAUUGACCACUGGUGUGAGCGUGCGUGUGUAUGUGUGCGUGCGUGCGUGCGUGGGUGUGUAUGUGUGCGUGCGUGCGUGCGUGCGUGCGGCCAUGUUCAUUCGUCCAAAACUUGCUCACAGAUCAACACCAGGAUUUAGAGGCUCCAUUUUACACCAGUGCUGUUCUCUGCUUUUUGUGUUGUUUUCUCACGUGUGUGUGUGUAUUAUAUUAUACACACAUCUGAGAGCAGUGGAUUGUUGGCAUAUCAUUUUAGUAUGAUUUCGUAAAUAUUUUAAACACUGGGGUUUUCAUGAUGCGCUGAUUCCUUUGGAUCUUGCACAAUCACUAACCAUCCCCUUUUUUUUUUAAUGUAUUACUACUAUACUGCCAGGCGAUACAGCUGUUUGGCAAUGAAACCUUCUCUCUGUAGGUUUCCUGGCAUCAAAAUGCUGCCCAUGGUCAGCCACGGGUGAGACCGGGUCUGCAGUCUAGACCAGGAGAGGAGAUGCACUUAGUUGUUUUAAUGUCAGACAGACAAAUUGCCUCAGCUUCAGUACUUUCAGUAGUAGCAUUAAUCUCUGCGAUUCAAGGUCCUGCGUCGGCCACCUCUCUCUCUCUCCAGUGAAUUACGGACUAAAACCUCUAGCGAAGCAUGAGCAAAUUCAGUUUAGGCAUCUUUUAGCUGCAGAAAAUCAAUCGGACAAAGCUGUUUCAGAGUUCUCAGCUGUUGAGAUCCAGAAGAUCAGAACAUCAGAACCCACCUCCGAGCACGGGCUUCCUGUGGAUGAAGACCGGUGUAACAUCUCCUGAGCUCCCCCCGCGUAUGCUAACCGUCGUAGUCGUGUUGAAAAGCUUUACCGUGGCUCCACACUGUUCAUAUCCGAGGCGCUACGAGAUUAGGAACGUCAGUGAUUUCUUUGGCAUCAGAUGUGUCGUCUCUUGUUUGGAUCACCUCUGCCUUAACUCUUAAUCUCCAACCAAGUCGCCUUUCUUUGCACAUCUGUGUCGCACCGUUUCUUUUGCAUGCCCCCCCCCCCCCCCCCCCCCCCCCCACACAGACACACACACACACACACACACUCCAGAGCGAAUGUCCACGUGGUUCGGCUUGUUGUCUCACGGCCAUGUCAUUUCAACCCACACGAGGGCCAGAAUGUAUGCUGAAUGAAACGAACACUGACCAGAUGUAUGUGGUUGAUGCAUUUCAGUUCUUUAUCGGGCCAGACUAGUUCUGUUCUUUGUUUUUAUUUUUUCAUGGCUCUCCUUCUAGGUUUGGUUGAAUGUGAUAGUUAUGAGUUGUUCACCUUCAAUAUUACCUGAACGAGUUCAUGUUGGACGCCCUCUCCAGAGCAAGGGGGCAGACUUCCUUGUGGUCUCGAGCUUUGAGGAGGGUUGGGAUAAGGGAGACAAACUGAAAACUACGGGGUGAGUCUGCCUAAAAGGCCUUUUCAGCUUUUGGUCUCAUGACACAGUGAAAAUAUUUAGUGGCAGGUCACUGCAGGAGGUCCCUUCACUGACGCAACUCAUAACGAAACAAUUCUCCAUGGUGGAGUAUUACGUUUUCUCCAACUACCUGUUCUUUGCAUUGUAAAACAGCAUCAAUGUACCUGUUGUUGCCUCAGAAUAUUAGAUGUGUACCAUGCCUUUAUGAGCAUCUCUGUGCUUUGAACACGUGGCCAACGUUGCCUCUGCGCUGCCUUGCAUUUUGGGCGACUCAACCCCAUCCUGACUGACUGACGGACUGAGAUGUGACUGCUACUAUAGGCUUAUACAAUACUGUACAUAAGAGUUCACUCUGUGAGUGCACAUUUGAUAAAGUUUAUUUAUUUAUAUGUAAGCAUUUAAUAAUGAAUAGACAAUAUAUUUAAAACCUUGCAAGACUAGAAAUGCUGGGGAAAUGUGGCUCGAACCCACACAUACACACUAGUUUGCAAAGUCUUGCCUGUGCUCUUGUCAGGGAGGGAAUCUUUUAAAACACAAAAAAGGAUGAUUCUAUUGCUUUGGGACUUUUUUUGUAAAAACAAUAACCCAGACAUCCUUGCAUGACGACAGAAAAAGGGUUUCCAGGUUUGACUGCACUUGAGUUCACUUGGGUUUACAUUUGAAAUGUGCAUGUGUAUUUAUACACAAUCUUCAAUAAAGUUGUGUAAAGCUU